AUGGCCACACCAAGUGAUUCGGACGCUGCUGCUUGUGUCUUGCAGACACCAGUAACGACGCACAUUCAGAAACGCGUUCAGAAUUCCGUGACAAACCUGAGAUCGCAUAAAAGGAGGAGAAUAUCUAUGGCCUCCGUUGAUAUUGACGAGAAUUUGGAUGUGAACGAGGUGGCAGGAUCCAGUGCACAUGUUUGCAGCACGGCAGACAGAUUCAUUUCUAAUCGUCCAAAAGUACUCAUGCCCCUUCAGAUUACGCCUCGCACAAGACGCAUCAGUAAACAGUUUGGACUCGUCGAUGACAGGGUGCUCAAUUUUGGCGAUGACACCGAUAUCUUCACAUCAGCACACAAAGAUGACGCAACUAUAUCCCUUCUUCGGCGCAGUGCAUCGUCUUUAUUCAACUCCGUACCCGCCUCACGGCCGACAUCAGUUGUGGAGAAUCUUUGCAAACGGCGGAAUUGUCUUAUGGUCCUCGACAGCCCCGGAGUGCCCUUUGACCCAGAAGCAUUCCCGAUCACUUGGUCACGUCGUAAUAACAUCGCUGUUGCAUGCAGAAAGGACGUGUAUUAUCAAAAUCUUGAUACGAGAGUUAUAUCUCAUCUGUGCAGCACCUCUCUUCCUGGAGAUAUAGGCGUUGUACAAUGGGGUGGCAGCAAACACGAAUCCCACCUCGCCCUUGGCAUUACAGGUGGCACUGUUCAGAUGUGGGAUGCUGGGACGGGGGGGCCUGGGACUGCUGUUCAUACAUGGCAAACCACGGAUAAAGGCGCCGUAAAAUGCCUGAGUUGGAAUAACGACAUCCUCGCGGUCGGUAUGGAAGGCGGUGAGAUACAUCUUACUGAUGUUCGUGCUCCCCAAAAGCCUUCAGUAAUGGGGAAACACCGAAGUCGUGUUAUGGGUAUCGAAUGGAGUCCCAGCGGAGAAUAUCUGGCCAGUGGUGAUAAAGAGGGUGCAGUUCAUAUUUGGGACCGGAGAAAUGGUAAAUCUCUACUCGACGGUGGGCAAUCUCAGCCUUGUGCCAAAUUUCGUCAUAAAGGGAGUACAAAGGCACUUGCAUGGUGUCCCUGGAAACCUGAUCUCCUUGCGUCAGGCAGCAUUGCUCCAGAAGGUAAGAUCAAGAUAUGGAGCACAUCAUUGACAUCGCUAUCAUCCCCUACUCAUUCCCCUGAACCUAUUCACACUAUUCCACUCAACACAUCUGUCCUAUCUCUCCAUUGGUCUCCACAUUGUAAAGAACUCCUAAGCACACAUGGCUCAUCCUUCGCUCCUCUUCUAUCGACAUCCCGACACCGAACACAAUCUGGGGCAGCCUCCUCCAAUGCCCCCCAAUCAUCGUCCCGGUCUCAAACCAAACUGACGUACACCAAAACCGCACUCACGAACUCGAUCACAGUCCAUGAAUACCCGUCAUGCAAACGGCUGAUGACGCUGACGAACGCCCACACGCAUGCGGUGACGCAUAGCUGUCUGAGUCCAAACGGGGAGAGCAUCUUUACCGUUUGUCCAAAGGAGGAGUCCAUCAAGAUGUGGCAGGUCUGGAGCGAGCGACCGCCUCCCCCAAGGAGAGAGAGCGCGUUUGAUCGGUGUACUAUUCGCUGA